AUGAUCGGGCUCAAAUUCUCGCUCCUAAGCAUUGUCAGUUUGCUGACCGUUGUCAUCGAAGCUUCUUCCGAUGAUGACACUGUAUACUGUAACUCGACAAUUGGGGCCUGUCCCGAUGACAAGCCAUGCUGCUCACAAUACGGAGUUUGCGGCAGUGGUGUUUACUGUUUGGGUGGUUGCAAUCCCCGCUAUUCUUACAAUUUGAGUGCAUGCAUGCCUAUGCCUAUUUGUAAGGACUCUCAAACCGUCUUUAACAAUUACAGCAGCCAGGUGAAAAACCAAUACACUUACCUUGGAGACGCAGAAGCGAACGAUUGGAUCUACGAGGGUACCAUUGCAGAUUAUGACGACGAAAAUGCCCUUCUAUUGACGAUGCCUCAGUACUCCGACGGUGCCGUCCUGUCAUCCACCAGAUACAUGUGGUACGGUAAAGUGAGCGCGCGGAUGAAGUCGUCUCACUUGGGCGGUGUGGUGACUGCCUUUAUUAUGUUUUCUUCGGUGCAAGACGAAAUCGAUUAUGAAUUUAUCGGUGACAAUCUAACCAAUGUGCAGACCAACUACUAUUUCGAAGGUGAUUUGAACUGGACCCAUUCCAGCAAUAUUUCGACUUCCGAUACCUUUGACAACUACCACGUUUACGAAAUAGACUGGAAGGAGGAUCAUCUCGACUGGAUCGUGGACGGCAAGAUUGGAAGAACUUUAUACAAAAAUCACACUUACAACUCCUCGACCGGCCAAUACGAUUACCCACAAACGCCAGCGCGUGUCCAGCUGUCGAUCUGGCCUGGUGGUUUGAACACCAGCUCAUACUGGACUAAGCUAUGGGCCGGUGGUGAGAUUAACUGGACCGCGCCAGACAUCGAAGAUCCUGGUUACUACUACGCUACGGUUCAGAGUGUGAACAUCACAUGCUACGACCCACCUUCUGGCACGAAACAGAACGGCUCCAGGGCUUACAGGUACGUGAACAGCAAGAACUUCACACAGGCUGGCGUGGCUAUCACCAACGACACAACUGUGAUGGGCAGCUUGGACGACAGCGGUUUCAACCCAGAAAACGGUAAAUCGUCAUCGUCAUCGUCAUCGUCAUCCAGCACUAGCUCUAGGUCUUUCACCACGCAAAGCAGAGCCUCUAAAAGCAGCAGCAAGGGCUCCUCCGAAACUAGCGCACAGUCCGGUCAGACCACAGGCACUUCGAGUUCCUCGCAGCAAACUGGAUUCGUUCAAAACAUGAAAAGUACCUCUGCGAGCGCUGGAGGGAGCUCUAGCAGCAGUGGAGGCGCCGGCUCCCUGGACAUAAACGCCAAUGGUCUAAUGCAUGCGUUCGUGGUGAUCGCGGGGGCCGUUUUGGCACUUGUGUAG